AUGUCAAUGCAUUCACGCUCCCUCACGAUCACAGCUGUGGCAGCUGGAGUGAUCCUCGUACCCAUCCUACUCACAAACUAUAUGCCAUACUUUCGAACAAUGAGGCCUCCAUUGAAGCCUCUUCCUCUUCCAAACGGUGUCUCCCGACUCACGACGCCAGAAGGACUCGAACUUCUCGUCGCCAAACCAGAGGAGAGCCAGUUGUCGAGUGCACCUCUUCUUCUCGUACAUGGUGGUUAUGGUACGGCACACUGCUACUCAAAAUGGUUGCCAUACCUCGCAAGUCGUGGUCGUAUUGCCUACUCGCUCUCCCUCACCGGCCAUGGGCAAUCCCCUCGCCCCGGCAAUUUUAUCAAUAUGACCGUCACCGACUUUGUGCGAGACGUCGAGCAUACAAUCGACCUUAUCCACUCAUACCACCCAGAGCUUCCCCGCCCAGUUCUUGUUGGUCAUUCUUCAGGCGGUGGAGUGUCGCAAUGUUUCCUCUCAAAUGUCCCAACUGGCGCAGAGCCACCCGUGAGCGGGGUUGUCCUCGUCGACGCAAUCCCACCGACAGGCAGCACCGGAGUCUACAUGAAUUGGGUACGCGCAGACCCACUUUUCGGUUUCCGUGUCAUCGGACAGGGAGGCGAUCCCAAGGGCCCGCUCUCUUCACCCGCGCUCGUACAGCGCAUCUUCUUUGGGUCAAAGAUGCGCAAGGAAGAAUUGGAAGAAUUCUUCUCCGGUAUGAAUACCGAGGAAAGCGUCGCGUGGCCGCAAUCAAUGAUGAGCACGUUUGUCGACAUACCAAAGGCGAAGAAGAGUGCCAAUGGAAGGGUUGCUUGGAUCAGCGGAGAGGAGGACGUUAUAAUGCCUCCUGCACUAAUGAAGAAGGCCGCAGCCCUGUACGACGCACCUCUUACUGUUGUCCCGUAUGGAGGUCACCACCUAAUGCGCGACGAAGUUUGGAAAGAGGGUGCCGAUGCCCUAUUAGCUCAACUCGACUCAUGGUCACUGUAA